AUGCCGCCUCAAAUUAAGCAAGACUUGAAUCGCUCGGGCUGGGAAACUACCGACUUCCCCUCAGUCUGCGAGAACUGCCUCCCCGAGAACCCCUACGUCCAGAUGAUUAAGCAAGACUAUGGAGAAGAAUGCAAGAUCUGUACCCGUCCGUUCACAGUAUUCAAAUGGAAAGCAGACCGUACAGCACGAAGCAAGCGUACCAAUAUCUGUCUCACCUGCGCGCGUCUGAAGAACUGCUGCCAAUGCUGCAUGCUCGAUCUUUCCUUUGGUCUCCCAAUUGUUGUCCGCGAUGCGGCCCUCAAGAUGGUAGCUCCAGGUCCACAGAGUGCAGUGAAUAGGGAAUACUAUGCCCAAGAGCAUGAGAAGGAGAUUGAGGAAGGGAGAGGAGGAGUAGAGGCAUAUGAGAAGACGGAUGAGAAGGCUAGGGAACUGUUAAGGAGGCUUGCGAAUUCAGAACCAUACUUCAAGAAGCAAAGGAGGAUUGGCCCCGCAGAAGGUGAAGAGGGCGAGGGAGGUGCAGCUUCAAGUGCGUUGACUACCAAUGGUCCAGGUCCGAUCCGAACCCGGGACAGCAGAGGAGGGGCAAGUUCUCGUGCUGGAGUACGUGGAGGGAGAGGCGGAGGCAGAGGAGGCAGAACAUUCCCCAGCGCCGCACAAUUACCACCCACCGCUCAAGAUAUCCAGCCACCAGCUGAUCAGUCUAUUACCUCGCUAUUCGUCACCGGUGUCGAGGACGACCUGCCAGAACAUAAGAUCCGGGAUUUCUUUUCGCCGUAUGGAAAGAUCCGGUCGCUAGUCUGUUCGCAUAUGUCGCAUUGUGCAUUCAUCAACUACAACACUCGAGAAGGCGCGGAGGCUGCAGCAGAGGCUCUGCAAGGAAGAGCUGUCAUUGCGGGAUGUCCUCUGCGUGUACAAUGGGGUAGACCCAGACCUAUUGGUACUAUGGAUAAGGAUGAGCGGAUAGCAACGGGUAGGGAAGGCCGUAAUGCAUUUGCAGGCGCUGCACGGGGUGGUGCUUCGCAGGGCCAACAGCGUGCAAUUGCUGCUCCAGAGAAAGAUGAUCUGGCUAGUAUGUCUGCUGUUGCUGCUCCACCGGGUGCUAGUGAUGUUCAGUACGCGAGUCUGGCUGGGAAUCACUAA